CGCCGCGGCUUUGCAAGACUCCUUCCUGCUGCUGAAGCUGUUCCUGUUCCUGGAAAAAGGGAAAGAAGAGGAGGUUGCACCGGGCACCGGGGUUGGUACUCUCUGCUUGGGCAAGCAGAAAAGAAGACGCUCCCCGCGCCUUCGCUCCUCUACAUGGCAGGGAAUUUCUGGCAGAGCUCGCAUUACUUACAAUGGAUUUUGGAUAAACAAGAUCUGUUGAAAGAACGCCAAAAGGACUUAAAAUUUUUGUCAGAAGAAGAAUAUUGGAAACUGCAGAUAUUUUUUACAAAUGUUAUCCAGGCCUUAGGUGAACAUCUGAAAUUAAGACAACAAGUUAUUGCUACUGCUACUGUUUAUUUCAAGAGGUUCUAUGCCAGGUAUUCCCUAAAAAGUAUAGAUCCAGUACUUAUGGCUCCCACAUGUGUAUUUUUAGCAUCCAAAGUAGAGGAAUUUGGUGUGGUUUCAAACACAAGGUUGAUAUCUGCUGCUACUUCUGUAUUGAAAACUAGAUUUUCAUAUGCCUUUUCAAAGGAAUUUCCUUAUAGGAUGAACCAUAUACUAGAAUGUGAAUUCUAUCUCUUAGAACUAAUGGACUGCUGUUUGAUAGUGUAUCAUCCCUAUAGACCUCUACUCCAGUAUGUGCAGGAUAUGGGCCAAGAAGACAUGCUGCUUCCCCUUGCUUGGAGGAUAGUGAAUGACACAUACAGAACUGAUCUUUGUCUGCUGUACCCUCCUUUCAUGAUAGCUCUAGCUUGUCUACAUGUGGCUUGUGUUGUCCAGCAAAAGGAUGCUAGACAGUGGUUUGCUGAGCUCUCUGUUGAUAUGGAGAAGAUUUUAGAAAUUAUCAGGGUAAUCUUGAAACUGUAUGAACAAUGGAAGAACUUUGAUGAAAGGAAAGAAAUGACUUCUAUUCUAAGUAAGAUGCCUAAACCAAAACCACCUCCAAACAGUGAAAGUGAUCAAGGUCCAAAUGGAAGUCAGAACUCUAGCUACAGCCAGUCUUAAGACAUUCCAAAGACAUUCAUUAUGGACCACUUUGGAUUAAGACACGUUGGGAUCUUUUCCUGUGUGAAGAUGUGGACAGAAGGUUUCAAUAAUGUCUUUUAAGAAAAAAACUUGAAGAAUGUUUCUGUCAAGCAUACUGAAAGCUUUUCCUUAGACAUAUACCUGUUUGAGUUGUGGCACAAUACAUAGGCAAGACUCCAAACAAAUCAAAAGCCUGGGAUGAUGCUAGAAAAAAUUAUUCAAUUGAGUAUGGACAGAAUUCAGUACUUUUUUUGUUUGAAAAAAUAGUAAAGAGUCUGCAAAAUCCUGUUAACAUGAAAUUGGGCGAACAUAACUGGAUCUUUGUUACCCUAAUGCUAGUUUAACCACAUGAGGCAACUUUGACAUGUUGGAUGGGAGAUCCUAACUUUCCAGGUAUAUACUUUGAAUGUCAGUGGAUACUGUAUAAGGAGAACACACUUUUAGUAAAUACCUGGUGGGGGGGCACUCCUUGAAAACACGAGCUAGACAAUGUGAGAUGCUUUUAGUACCUACAGCUUGUAUGUGGAAAAUGAAAUGUGGGAUACCCAAACAAGUGCAAUAUGUAUCAUGCAAAUUGUGGCUGUUGUAGGGAAGAACAUUUCACUCUUUACAAAUGCUAAACAAUGAAGCCCUUGUGCACAUUGCAAGUCAAGUUUUGUAAUCUAAUCAAGUAAAGAACCAAUUUGUUUGAGGUUGUCAUGGUGGGUGUGUGUUGUGUGCUAGAAUUUAGUAUGCCUUCAUUGCUACUAUGAAUGAUACGUUACAAUGGCCUCUUGAGAAAGUGGCAGAUAUUCAGAUGAGAUUAUAUCUGACUCAAUAGUAAAAUAUUUAUUAAAAAUACUGUAAAAUUUAUCUCGAAAGCUUAGGGUGCAACCCUGUGCAUACCUAGACAGGAAAAAAGUCUGAGAACUUCCAGCAUUGCCCAGCUAGCUUGUCUAAACAUGCAUCGGGUCAUGCCCUAAGUUGCUUUUUCAACUGGAGGGCCAUAUCCUGUGCUGUUCGGUCCCACUGAAAAUGGAACCUGGUCCAAAGCCCUUAGAUUUUAAUGGACAGAUUGUGCAUUUAGUAAUUGUUUUUGUAUCCUAUCCUAAAAAACAAAACCAGGAAAACUAUUGGAUUUCAGUCUAAGCUCUCACUUCACCCCAGAAAACAACAUUCCACUGCUAUGAAAACAAAGGAAUGUUGGUUGGAAGGGUCUUGUCACGUGGUGCUUGUCCUAAAACUUGAUUUUUUAAAAAGCAGCAGCGCCUGCCUCUACUUGAUCUGUCCCUCAAUUAAGUGCAACCAAAGUGUUUUUGUAUGCAAGUGCUUGGGCUCUUUGCAUUUAACUGUUGAAGUUAUUUUUAUAUAGCGUGUUUUUGGGUACUGACUUACAAAAACAUUUCUGUGAGAAGUGAUGUGUUUUUGGCCUUUUCCUACUCCCCUUAGUUGUUUUGCUUAUUUUAUUGAUGCCUGUGAUCUUGCUAACACAAAUGGUUGAAGACACCAUGUCUGUAGUAGUUUGGAAAUUAAUUUUGUUCCCUUGAGGGUUUACACUUUAUUUGUAAUAUGGACUAGCCGGGUAGGAAUAAAAACAAAUACAAAUUGACA